AUGUCUGCACUGAGACUAAGACAGACGUGGAGGCUUCUCUGCAGGGUCCACACCGCCAGGACACACAGUAGAUACAACUGCAGCAGAGUACUUGGAGCGACCAGGCCUCUCCAGAAACUUGGAGCAUGUCCCCCACCCUCUGUUGCUGGUGUGUUCUCCCCACCAAGACCCAGACCUACAUGGUUCCCUGCCAUGGGCUGGCGACGUCUCCUCACCUCCUCAGGAGGGAGACUGGAGGAGAUGAAGACUGUGGCUGCUCCUCCCUUUGCUGAGUCGGUCAGCGAAGGAGACGUACGGUGGGAGAAAUCUGUGGGGGACUAUGUGGAAGAAGAUGAAGUCAUUGCUGAGAUUGAGACUGACAAGACUGCUCUCCAGGUGCCGGCCCCAGUGAGUGGUGUUCUGGAGGAGCUGCUGGUGGCUGAUGGAGACAUAGUCACAGCUGGCAUGGAUCUGGCCAGGAUCAGAGUCUCAGGUCCUGACACAGGAGCAACUCCAACUACUACUGAGCCUGCCACACAGGAAGCCACACCCCCUCCUCCCGAAGCCACACCCACUCCCUCGCCAAUCCCCUCCUCUCCUCCCCUCCCCCCUCCCCUACCUGUUGCGCCAAUGUCCACCUCUCCUCCUCCUCCUCCUCUUCCAUCGACUGCCCCAUCCCUGGGCGGAGUCUCCAGGGGCGAGAAGAGAGUGAAGAUGAACAGAAUGCGGCAGAGGAUUGCCGAGAGGCUCAAAGAUGCUCAGAACACUAACGCAAUGCUCACCACUUUCAACGAAGUGGACAUGAGCAAUAUCAUAGAGACGAGGCGGAAUUGGAAGGAAGACUUUCAAGAGAAACAUGGGGUCAAGUUAGGCUUCAUGUCUCCCUUUGUCAAGGCCACCUGCCACGCCCUCCUCCAUCAGCCUGUUGUUAAUGCUGUGAUUGAUGGAACUGAGAUUAUUUAUAGAGACUAUGUUGACAUCAGCAUCGCCGUGGCAACACCAAAGGGUCUGGUGGUACCAGUUCUGAGGAAUGUUGAGACCAUGAACUAUGCAGACAUUGAGAAGACCACAGCCCAACUGGGACAGAAGCUACCUCCUUUGGUGCAGGCUCGUGAUGGGACUCUGGCGAUUGAGGACAUGGAUGGAGGGACAUUCACCAUCUCCAAUGGAGGAGUGUUUGGGUCUGUGUUUGGAACCCCCAUCAUCAACCCGCCUCAGUCUGCCAUCCUUGGCAUGCACGCCACUGUUGACCGACCUGUCGCCAUACAGGGAAAGGUGGAGGUGAGACCAAUGAUGUACGUGGCCCUCACAUAUGACCACCGCCUCAUCGACGGGAGAGAAGCCGUCCUAUUCCUGAAGAAGAUCAAGCAGGCAGUCGAGGACCCUCGUGUCCUCUUGCUUGGACUGUAG